AUGGAAAAUCGCAACGUACCCAAACCAUCGGGUACCAAAAGAUCCCCCCUAUCACCACCCAAUAAUCUCGAAGCGAUAAACUCAUCCGACACCAUUCUGCCAUCAACAUCCAAUAUCCUGGAUGACGAAAUUGUACAGCAAACUCCCUUUUCGGGGCCUUAUCCUGCUAGUCGAAGAAGCGAGCCAUCAAUACCUGCAGAAAUUACCAUAACUUCCACAGCACAUCCAUCACCUCUUCGUCACGAAAAGCACCAACACCCGCCCAGGGAAAGCAAAGAGAGAACAUCUAAUCUAUCUUCACCAUCUCCAAAUCCCUCUCCCCACAACCCCAACUCCACAACUUCAAAUCCCGCCGAACAAGAACCAAACUCUGACUCUGAAUCUAAACCCCCAAGCGAACAUAGUUCCGGCUCUGACGCAGCUUUCUACUGUAGUGUAGGGAGUCCGAGCGAGGAUGAAGAAGAUGGAUUUGGUGAUUCUUUGGGUCGGGCUGUGGAGAGAGAAGCAGAGGGAGAUGGAAUUGGAGAGUCUUUCUUAACAAAACGAGAUUUACGGGAAGCUGUGUCUAUGUCUGGGACUGAUGGUGAAGGCAUGGGAGAAGAGGAUAAUGAUGAUGGAGAAGAGGAAGAAGAGGAAAAUGAUAUUCAUAACAAGGAUAGUAAAAGAAGGAAAUCGGAGAAAAGAUUUACAUUCUUGAAGCGACUUUUUAGUCGGAAGAAGGCAAGGAAUAGUGGUGGAGGUGCUGGUGGGAGUUGA